UGCAGGUGACUCAAAAAUGGAAGACGCUUUUAUGGAUGAAGAAGAGGAUUGCCCAGAAUUGAUUCCCAUAAAUGAGCCGGAAAUUAAGGAUAGUACAAGGAGAGAUGUGCAAUCCAAUCAGGCUGCUAAGAUCCCUGUUACUAUUAUCACUGGAUAUUUAGGUGCUGGAAAAACUACUCUUCUUAACUAUAUUCUGACAGAACAACAUAAUAAGAGAAUAGCUGUUAUCCUGAACGAGUUUGGUGAAGGAAGUGCAUUGGAAAAAUCUUUGGCUGUAAGUCAAGGUGGAGAACUCUAUGAAGAAUGGCUAGAGCUCAGGAAUGGUUGCCUCUGCUGUUCUGUAAAGGACAAUGGCUUGAAGGCUAUUGAGAAUCUAAUGCAGAAGAAAGGAAAGUUUGACUAUAUUCUGCUAGAGACAACUGGGUUGGCAGAUCCAGGUGCUGUUGCCUCCAUGUUCUGGGUUGAUGCUGAAUUAGGAAGUGACAUUUAUCUUGAUGGUGUUGUCUCUGUUGUUGAUGCAAAGUAUGGACUACAGUAUCUGAGAGAAGAAAAACCCAGUGGCCUUGUCAAUGAAGCUGCGAGACAGAUUGCACUAGCGGAUCUUAUUAUCAUCAAUAAGACUGAUUUGGUUCCACAGGAAGCACUGAUGAAACUGAGAACAGCUGUCAGGUCAAUAAAUGGAUUCACCAAAAUUAUAGAAACUCAAAGAUCAAGAGUUGAUCUUUCUGAUGUGUUAGACCUGCAUGCUUUUGACAGUGUCUCAGGAAAAAGCUUGCAACAGAAGCUGCAACUUCAAGACUCACCGCAGCCACACCUAGAUAAGAAUAUUGUCACAUCCACAUUUGAAAUACAAGGAAGCACAACUGAAAAAGACCUAAAUGAGUUUGUUCAAAACUUACUGUGGGAGAAGGCUUUCAAAGACCAGAGAGGUAACCCCAUGGAAGUCAUAAGACUCAAGGGGCUGGUGUCUAUCAAAGAUAAACCUUAUCAAGUGAUAGUACAAGGUGUUCAUGAGCUGUAUGAUCUGGAAGACACCACUGUAAGAUGGAAGGAGGAGGAUGAACGAACAAAUAGAUUGGUGUUAAUAGGUAGGAACUUGGAUAAAGAUAUCCUUCAGGAUGCCUUUAUAGCUACUGUGACAAAGAGAGAAGAAAACGGUUGAUGUUACCUGCUGAACA